AUGUCCGCCCUCAAGAACCUCCAAUCCACCUACCGGCUCAACUCCGGCCACCACAUCCCAAUCCUCGGAUACGGGGUCUACCUCAUUCCUGCCUCCCAAACCGAAAAAGCCACCCUCGAAGCCCUCCGAAUCGGCUAUCGCCAUGUCGACUCCGCCAUAAUGUACCGCAAUGAAAAGCCGUGCGGGCGCGCCCUGACCAACUCCGGGCUUCCCCGAUCGGAGAUCUUCUUCACGACCAAGAUCCCCCCUGAAUCGAUGGGAUACGAUCGCACGAAACGGGCGAUCGAGUCGAGUCUGCGCGAGGCGCAGCAGGAGUAUUUCGAUCUAAUCCUACUACACGCACCCUACGGCGGAAAAGAAGCCCGUCUCGGGUCAUGGAAAGCGCUCGUGGAGGCACAGAAAGCCGGCAAAACGCGGUCGAUCGGGGUGUCGAACUACGGGAUCCACCACCUGGAUGAACUGGAGGCGUACAUUCAGAGCGGAGGCGGCGGGAAGAUCGACGUCGGGCAGUAUGAGCUGCACCCGUGGCUGGAUCACUCGGAUAUCGUCGAGUGGCUGCAGAAGCGCAAUGUCGUGGUGCAGGCGUAUUCGCCCUUGGCGCAUGGGACGCGCAUGGGCGAGAGGGUGUUGAAGGAUCUCGGGGCCAAGUAUGGGAAGUCGCCGGCGCAGAUCAUGAUUCGGUGGGGGCUGCAGAAGGGAUUUGUUCCGCUGCCGAAAUCGGUGACCCCCAGUCGCAUCCAGGAGAAUGCGGAGGUGUUUGAUUUCGAGCUGGAUGAGGAUGAUAUGAAGGCGCUGCAGACGGGCGAGUAUUCGCCGACGGACUGGGAUCCGACGUUGGACUUUGAUUGAGAGGUAAACGAAUGAUUACUAUAUAGACAGGGGAGGUGGAAAUAUGAGCAUGGUUGUAGAUACUGUC